AUGUCGUCAGACUACACAUACGAUGAGCAGGGCCAAUUCUUCCCCUUCUUCAUCCUCACUUUGACCGGCCUGGUCACACUCCCUCUUACCUAUAACCUCCUACGUCCUAGCAAAGAGCUCGAGAACACUGCUCCCCGCAUCAAAUCUGACUUCAAACCCCAACAUGCCGAUCUCAUCGACGCGCAGAAGCGCAAGCGUCUGCGCAAAGAGCGCCGAAUUAAGCGCAUCGUUACCGUGAUCCUAGGAUAUGCGAUCAUGGCAUGGAUGGUCUAUUUAAUUGUCGUCACGGCUCGGACCGUGGUGAAGGCGUAUGAUCCUUAUGACAUUUUGGGUGUCUCAAGGAGCGCGGAUGAGAAAGCUAUUUCAAGACAUUAUAAGCGCAUGUCGUUGAUUUAUCACCCGGAUAAAAUCCGUCCUGAUCCCUCGAAAAACGAGACGAUGGAUAUGCUCAAUGAGCGCUUCGUCGAACUGACCAAGGCCUACAAGGCACUGACCGACGAGGAGGUCCGUAACAACUACCUUCAGUAUGGCCACCCCGACGGCAAGCAGAGCUUCAGCAUUGGUAUUGCCCUUCCCCAGUUCAUUGUCAUGGAGGGCAAUGGCAAGUACGUCUUGAUGGUCUACGGUGCUCUUUUGGGUGUCCUUCUUCCAUAUAUUGUUGGAAAGUGGUGGUAUGGAUCACAGCGCUACACCAAGGAGCGUGUUCUCGUCGCCAGUGCUGGAAACAUUUUCCGCGAGUACAAGGAAGAUAUGCCCGAAGGUGGCAUCAUCAGUGCCUUGUCCUCUGGCGAGGAAUUCAAGGACAUGCUCAAGGGUGCUCAGGCUGAGUCUGGUUUGGCUAAGCUUGAGAAGCGAGUGUUGGCAGAUGAUUCUUCGUUCCUCUCGGCUAAGGACCGCGAGGCUCUGAAGCAGAUGGACAACUCCUCUCGUCGCAAGGCAUUGGCUUUGCUGUGGGCUUACCUGGGUCGAAUCGAUCUUGGUGACGCCUCUCUUGAUGCUGAAAAAUACGAAGCCGCUCCUGUCGCCCUCUCCCUCUCCGAAGCUUUCACUGCCAUUUCCCUUGCAUUUGGUAGCAUUGGACCUAUCGUUGGUGCUUAUAAAACCUCUCAGAAUCUCAUUCAGGCCGUUUCCCCGGGCUCCUCGCCGCUAUUGCAACUUCCCAACUUCAGCGACGCCGUCGUCAAGUCAGUCGAAGGCGAAGAUGCCAAGGAGCACUUCACCGUUCAAAAGUUCAUGACCCUUACCGAGACUCAACGACGCAGUCUGACUGUCGGCGCUGGUCUCCUCUCUGAAAAGCAAUACGCCGACGCUAUUUCCGUCGCCCAGCAACUUCCCGUUCUCCAACCCGAGAAGAUCUUCUUCAAAGUCAUGGGCGAGAAGGUUAUCACCCCCAGCAGUCUGGUACAGCUGGUUGUUAAGGCACGCUUCAUUCCUCCCGGUAGCACAUCCGUGCCGCCAGUGAACGAAGUCGAUCUGGAAGACAUCGACCCCGACGAGGAUGACCUUGAGGCCCUGAUGGGACGCAAGCCCGCAAAGAACCGCGCUACCAAGCUUGUGGAUGGCAAGAAGGUCGAGAACAAGAUUGAGACUAUUCAGCCACCCCUCGCCCACGCCCCAUUCCUCGCCCGCGACCACUCCCCCCGCUGGAACAUCUUCCUUGCAGACGCCAAGCAGGGCAAGAUGGCCGUCCCGCCGUUUACUUUUACCACAUUCGACAAGCCAAUCUUCGACGAGGCCGGCAAGCCCACCUUCAACGUCCAAACUCUCAAGAUGCAGUUCCAGGCUCCUCCGCAGGUUGGCGAUUACACCUUCGUCCUCAACAUGCUCUGUGACAGCUACCUGGGUCUCGACUACUCAACACAGAUUACUCUGCACAUUGAGGACCCGGCCAAGGCCGCCGCCUUGGAAGAGGACGACGACAUCAGUGAACCUGAUGAGGACUCCAUCGCCGGCCAAAUGCAAGCUCUCAAGACGGGACAACCACCCAAGAAGAAGACGCCCAAGGAUUUCGACGACUCCAGCGAGAGUGACACCGAGGGCGACGCAGGCGAUACCAGCGACACCAACACGGAAACGGAGGACGAGGAUUGA